CCUAUUACCUUAUAAGAGCCCGUUUUUAAUGGAGACCCAGCUUUUCUAGCAUGGUUUGCAAAUAUUUACCUAGUUUAUUAUUUGAUUUUUAAGAUUUCAAUAGAAAGUAACGUGUUUUUUUUAAUGUAAACGUUUGGGAAAAAUAUAAAAAUUGGAAGUCGUCGUUGGGAACAGCCUGCCAGUGUGCGCAAAGGCAGCACUAGCUGGUUUCCUUUGUACCCUUUCCGUAUUUUGCGUGCACUGUUUUCGGUUAUUAACCUCAAAGGGAAGCUCGGGGGCCUAGGAUGGCCAUGCUCUACCGGUCGACAGUUGUUAGAUUUUUCACUUGCAAACUGUCUUCGUGGCGGUGCAUUCCGUCGGUUUUGUACACCCGGGUUGUGUAGGGUGGACUCGGAGGUGGAAUGAGCGGGAGAUGGGGGACUGAGAAUUGCCCUCCCCGCAUUGUUGUCACAUGAAUGUUUUAAUUUCCGUUCCCCGAUGAUUGGUGAGGUUGGAACUGUUCGUGUGCCUUUGCAUUUCCUUUGUGAUCUGCCAGCUCAUACUCUCUUCCGUAUAUGUUGAAAAUAUUAUUCACAAACUGACAUUUGAUUCCAGUUAUGGUGCUUUGUUCCGGUUUCAGGUUUUUUGAAGAGAUUUCAAGUUUUUAAUCGUAAAAUAUUUCUCCGAAGACUUUUGUGCUUUGUUAUGUCUUAAAGGACUUUCCCCGCGCCAAGGUUAUUUUUAACAUAAACUCUUGUUUUUCUCUGGUACUUGUGCACUGUGGAUCCAUCUGGAAUUUAUUUUGGUGUGGGGUGUUUCUGGUGUAUAAGAAAGCCGUUGGUUUGGAACCGUGAUCAUUCACUAUGGAAGAUUGCAGGCUUGUGCUCUGUGUUCGCAAGUGGCUCCGAGCUGUCUUUUCUGAAGAUGCUUCCACCACGGAGGGUGGGGCUCUCUGGAGAUGAAGAGGGGCAUUCCAUCACGAAACCCUGUGGGACUCCCUCCAGGUUGGAAUCCUUUCCUUUGCCCUCUCCACCCACCUCCAUGCCUCACUCAUGUUGACAGCCUGGUUUUUUGAGUUAAUCUAAUUGAAUGAGAUAACACUUAGUCCAGCAGCAUCUGACUCUGCGCCCAGUGGUUCUAAGUACUCUCCCCUCUUGAGGCCCCAGAGAAGGAAUGUGAUUUUCUGUUUUACAGGCUCCUCUGACUUAUCUUCCUCAGAAAUCUCAGGGGAUCACACUAUGGCAGCGGCCAGACUCCUCCCACCACCAGCAGGACCCCAGCCCCUGUCAUUCCAGGCCAAGGUGACCUUUGAGGAUGUGGCUGUGCUCCUCUCCCAGGAAGAGUGGGACCGCCUGGGCCCUGCUCAACGUGGCCUCUACCGACACGUUAUGAUGGAGACCUAUGGCAACGUGGUAUCACUGGGACUUCCAGGAUCGAAGCCCAAUGUGAUCUGUCAGCUGGAGCGAGGAGAAGAGCCGUGGGUUCUGGAUGGGCAAGGGGCUGAGGAGACUAGGGGCCUGGGCAGCGGACAUUCAGACAAUUCCAAGCGUGACCACAUGACAGCUUGUAGGCAGCAAGACAGUUCACCCUGUCCAUGGGAAUAUGAAAACAAGGGAGAAAACCAAAAUAGAGACAUGAGUCGGAAGCCAUUUAUUUCAGAGGAAAUACCAGUGAUUCUGGGGAAAGCACCCACAGGAUGGACUGAUGAAAGUUAUAAACCUGAGCAGAGUUUCUGUGUGAGUCCCAGCCCUGUUGGCCCACCUGAAGUUCAGGUCUUGAGCCAGAGUGUGCCUGUCUCUCAGAAUCAGGCUGUUCCUAGUGGGGAGAGACCCUACAAGUGCACUGAGUGUGGGAAAUGCUUUGGUCGGAGCUCCCAUCUCCUCCAGCAUCAGAGAACACACACUGGAGAGAAGCCCUAUGUGUGCGGUGUGUGUGGGAAGGCCUUCAGCCAGAGCUCUGUCCUCAGUAAACAUAGGAGAAUCCACACUGGCGAGAAGCCCUACGAGUGUAAUGAAUGUGGAAAGGCCUUUCGAGUGAGCUCAGAUCUUGCACAGCAUCACAAGAUACACACGGGUGAGAAGCCACAUGAGUGUCUUGAGUGUCGGAAGUCGUUCACUCAGCUCUCGCAUCUUAUUCAGCACCAGCGGAUCCACACGGGGGAAAGACCCUACGUGUGCCCGCUCUGCGGGAAGGCCUUCAACCACAGCACCGUCCUGCGAAGCCACCAGCGGGUGCACACUGGGGAGAAGCCGCACGAGUGCGCACAGUGUGGCCGCGCUUUCAGUGUGAAGAGGACGCUCCUCCAGCACCAGCGCGUGCACACCGGGGAGAAGCCCUACACCUGCAGUGAGUGCGGCCGCGCCUUUAGCGACCGUUCAGUCCUCAUCCAGCACCACAACGUGCACACCGGGGAGAAGCCAUACGAGUGCGGCGAGUGCGGGAAGGCCUUCAGCCACCGCUCCACGCUGAUGAACCACGAGCGCAUCCACACGGAGGAGAAGCCCUACGGCUGCUACGCGUGCGGGAAGGCCUUCGUGCAGCACUCCCACCUGACCCAGCACCAGCGGGUGCACACCGGGGAGAAGCCCUACGUGUGCGGCGAGUGCGGACACGCCUUCAGCGCCCGCAGGUCUCUGGUCCAGCACGAGAGGAUCCACACGGGCGAGAGGCCCUUCCGCUGCGCGCAGUGCGGCAAGGCCUUCAGCCUGAAAGCGACACUGAUCGUGCACCUGCGGACGCACACCGGGGAGCGGCCGUACGAGUGCAGCCGCUGCGGCAAGGCCUUCAGCCAGUACUCCGUGCUCAUCCAGCACCAGCGGAUCCACACGGGGGAGAGGCCCUACGAGUGCGGGGAGUGCGGGCGCGCCUUCAACCAGCACGGGCACCUGAUCCAGCACCAGAAGGUGCACAGGAAGCUGUGACCUCCACCGCCGCUGGAGAACCACCUCCCCACCCCAGGGGAAGGUUCCAGUAGCUCUGCGGGAUGCCAUACUCUGUAGUUUGGUGUCAAAAGAACUCCAAAGGGGAGCACUGUGCAUGUUCCUAUGGAAGAACGUCAGAGCGUGCCUGUUUUUUUCCCACAUCUUGAAGUUACAUUGAAGAAUAAAUCACACACUAUAGUAAAUUUUGGUAAAGACACUUAUAAUUCUUUAACAUUAGAAAGUUUAUUGGAAGAUACUGAAGACAUAAGGAUUACUGUCACAAUAAAACUUUUCUUACAUACUAAAGAUUUUUCUUAGACUAUUACAUGCCUUUCCUAAAAAUAACAACUAUUCUAAUUAUUCCCCCUAAAGUUGGAAUUGGAUUAUGUGCAGUAUUCUCUUAAAAGACAAAAGUGUUGUGUGGAUAAAAUGAUAUAAAAAAAGAUUGUCAUCAAGUAUCAUCAUGUGCUAUGGCUAGAAAUCCUAAGUGUGUGGAACCACUUGUUUUGUAUGAAAAAAGGAAAAAGUCUAAAUAUUAAUUAGUGAGACAACACUUCACCUGGUGUUUGAACUUUAUUCAAGAUCAGAAGGGAUGUCCUGACUUUUUAGUGAAAUUCAACUCAAAAAUUAAUGUUUGCCUCAAAUACCACCCUUAUGACUUACAGACCUUGUGCUCCAGAACUCAUGGGAUGUCUUGGGUCUCUGGACCCUGUGUGGGUAGGAAGGGAGCUUUGCAUUCGGAGGCCAGACCUCAUAGCUGCUACACCAACUGGGUGCCUCUUUACACAUUGUGAUGUUUCAAAAAAAAAAAAAUGUUACUCAAAAGACAGUUCUUUGAUACAUAUUUUUUAAACCUAAAAUUCUGUUUUUAUGGUCUGAAAUUUUCAUUUCUGUGAGGUUUUCAUUUUUUUGCAUUCCAAGAAGAGUGUGGUAUCCAUUAUCAUAUGCUGUAAUGAAUCUGGUUUAUUCAUAAUUUUUAAGUUUUUUUUUCCUUUCUCUCUUGAAAGCAAACUUCUAAGGAGAAAUGAAGCGCUAGAGUGUUGAUCCUUGAAUGCACAGCAAUCCACUGGUGCUGAUAGAAGCUCAUUUUCCCCUUGCUGUGACACUGCUGAUUGGAUACAACACCACAGGUGAAGCUGGAAGCUGAGGCAGCCAGUGUUACUUCAGCAAGGAUACAGGCCCCUUCUGAAAGGGACUGACAUCACUCACAUGUGCAGAACAGUUGGGAUCACUGAGGUGUAUGCUGGACAGGUGAGGAGCUCACUGAGAUGUCCGUUCACUGGAGCUGAGUUCACACAGUUGUUCCUUCGGCAAUGGUUAAAAACCUCAGGAGAGGCUGUAGAGUCUGAGGUCAGGGCACGAUUCAGAGGAGCUGAUCACUGAGUGGUUUACUUCAGAGGAGAAAACAAUGGUGUCACUUCAGGGAAGCUGAAAUCCCUCAGAUGUUACUGCAGACAGUAGCUGAAAUCACUACAAUGAAACUCCAGAUGAAGAAUUCACAGAAGCGUUACUUAAGGGAGGAGCUGAGACCAGUGAGGUGGUAGCUCAAAUUCCCACGGAGGAAAGCUAACUGCCCCUUGCUGAUUGAGUCCCUAGCAGGCAUCUGACUCAGUGGCUGCCCCUCAGAGUCCACCACUACUCAGGGCACAGUUCCUACUCAUGUGGAAGAGUCAGAAUAAGAAAUAGUCCUAUUCCAGUCAAGAUGAGAGUAAGAGUUCAGUUAAAUACAAUGUAUAGAAAUACUUAUUUGGAAAGACACUGUGUAUCAAGGACAACAUAAAUUACACAGUAGAGAUCUUUCUAGAUAGCUAAAUCCACCAAAUAAUCUAGGGUUUUCAGGGGAAUCAAAAUGUAUAGUUCACUUCCUACCUUCUUAAAUAAAGUGUACUUAAUAUCA